AUGCACAGUCAUAUUAUCCAAGGCUGUGACCCUAAAACCCACAUGCACAUUGUGAAGGUGGGGGAAAGCCUGGAGAUGGCAAUAAGCAGAACUGGCAUUAUGUUCAACCUAAGCCAGCUGCAGUGCCACUAUCACUUCACUGUUGGCCAGCAGCAAGUCUAUACUGCUGAAUUCCAAGAUUACAUUGAGAGGGAGGGUGUAGUCUAUGCUGCAUUCAACAAGAUGUUUGAGAAAGCUCCCCCACCUCAGAACAAGGACCAAGAGAAGAUGAUCGAUACAAACCUGACAACAGCCCCCAGUUUUGGUGAGGGUGUGAGUGCUAUGGUGGCAGCUGUUCCCUACUAUGGUAUCAUUUUGCAUUUCUGCAACACUCCUACAGGCUAUAACAUGUUCACCCACCCCAGAGUCAAUGAGAGAUUCUGUAGGGUGUUCACUGAAUGGCAUGAGUACCUUAUGUUGACAGCAUGCAGUUGGCUCAGUACCACAGCACUCAAUGCCAUGGUCCAAAGUGCUGGUGGCACUCCUGAUCAGGAUACAUUUGACAACUUCUUCAUUUGUGACACCAGCAACCCACACUAUGGGUUCAAAUCCUAUGACAAGCUCUUCAUCAGGGAGUUGAAAGCCAUCCACCAUGCCAUGGUCUAUCCUGACAACCCAGUGAUCAUCAACUCUGCAUGCUCAUCUACCAUCCACAUGCUUUACUAUAACCUCAAGAAGAUGGGCAGAUUCUGGAUCAAAAAUACUCCCUACUCCCUCAACCACAUCCUCACAGAGGAUGAGCUUGUUGACACAUUUGUCAAUGGGACUCUUAUUCAGGCUAUGCUUGGAUCUCUUGACUACCACUGCUGGUGCAGUCCUGUGAAUGGUACUGUUGUGGAGACAUGCCUCAUUUCUGGUGCAACCCAUCCUAACCCACUGCCUACCUACUACACAGCUUGCUUGGAUGAUGACCAUGGGGAUCUGGACAUUGUUUCCCACUUGCAGGACUUUGAGCCCAUUGGCUUGAUGUGCCUUGUGGGUGUUGGCUUGGGUGAGGUGUCGACCUGUAAUGUUGUUGUCAAUGAGGGUCAGGAGCUCAAGAAGGGAGAUGAGCUGGGCCAGUUCCACUUUGGCAGACCUACCCACUGUCUCAUCUUCCAACCUGGCAUGACUGUGACACCAAUUGACCAGGACAGCCAACCUUUGGAGGGAUUGAAGGUGCAGGUCAGCAAAGAUAUCCUCAUCACAACAAAGCUGCCUUGAAAUGAUAACUUCAGUCAUGUGUCUGUAUAACCCCAGAUUUAAACAGUGUCAUCACUUGCAUGUACAAUAGCAAAGUUGAAUUGGUGCCUUGGCAUGUUUGUGUACAAUGUAACAUUUCAGGCAUAUGGCAGGAAUGCUAUCUUUGAGCAUUUCACUUGGUUCAGUGUAAGGUGUCAAUAAAGGCAGAUAAGUUGGACUGGUUCCACUUCCAAGGGUCUACCCACUGCCUCAUGUACUACUCUGGCUUGUGUUGCUGAUCCCUCAGGGCAAGGACACCACAUUAUUAGUAGGAUUGUAUGUGCAAACCGGCAAACAUAGUUUCUGUCUAGGGUGUUUCCUCUAAGUCA